AUGGCCGACGCAGAACCAUACCACGCCGUUCUCAAGGCUUCAUACGAUUAUUCUCCUCAGUCUGAUGACGACAUCGCUCUUACUGCUGACCAGUUACUCUUUCUCAUUGAGAAAGUAGAUGACGAAUGGUGGAAAGUCAAGGUAAAAACUGAUUCGCAGGACACAGAUAGUCCCAUUGGAUUGGUCCCUGCAGCAUACGUCGAACAGGCUCAUCACAAUUCUGUCGUGAAAGUCGUGUACGAUUAUGAAGCUAGUGCCCCCGGAGAACUUACUGUCCAUGAAGAUGAGAUAUUACUUGUGUUCGAAACCGAGGAGGAUUGGAUAUUAGUUCAAAGCCAGAAAGCUGAUGGUGGGGCGGGAUACAUCCCCGGAACAUAUGUUGAAGCGGCCAGCUUCGAUGACAAUGAACCUCUUGCUCCAAAUCGAAUUGUCGUUCCUGAUUCGCCUCCUCGACCUGUCAACACUUAUGUCGAUCCUGCUGAUCGAGUUGCUUCCACGAAAGUGGCCGCUGAUGAUAUCAAAACGUGGCCAGUUUCUGAAAUUGACAAGAAGGGAAAGAAGAAGAAGGGUACCCUGGGAGUCGGAAAUGGGGCUGUCUUUUUUGCUUCUGAAGCUGACAAGACGCCCGUUCAAAAGUGGCGAACUCUUGCUAUAGAUAGCGUCUCCCUCGAGAAAUCCAAGCAUAUUCACAUUGAAUUAAGCGAUCCAUACCCUAUAACUCUUCACUUUCAUGCUGGUUCCAAAGAUAACGCGGAUGAGAUCGUGUUGAAACUAAAGUCAUCCAAAGCUCUUUCGGAACCAUUGAGAGAGGGCCAAUCAUCACCGGACGUUUCGCCUUUGGACACAAUUUCGAAGGAAAGCAAGAAGGCUUCUGUGCACUUUUCUCCAGCAUCUCCAGUCAUAAUACCAGACAGGACAAGUGAAGACGAGGCGCAAGAGGAGGAAGAGCAGCGGGUCGUAUCAGAUGUGGCCGACGCAGCGGUUGCUCUCUACGACUUUGCUGCCGAUGGCGAGGACGAACUCUCAGUAGCUGAAGGUGAAGAGGUUGUGGUCUUGGAACGGGAUAGCGAUGAAUGGUGGAAAUGUCGAAAUUCGAAAGGUUUGGAGGGAGUUGUUCCUGCGUCUUACCUCGAGUCGUCAUCUAUUAGUACUUCGCCCCCAGCCCGAAUUCGACCGUCCAAGCAAAACGAGGAUGAUGAACUUGAAAGCACUCGAGCUGUCGUGGCUGCUGAGCGCGAGGAGGCUGAACGCCGCCAGCGAGAGGAGGACGAGCGUGCUGCUAAGGCACGCGAAAAGAUGGAAGCUCAGGAAAGGGCGCAAGAAGCUGCGACUGCCGCAGAAGCCGAGUGGAAAAGGCGAAAGGAACAAACCGCUGCUCAUGCAACGUCAGCGCCCCAGAAAGCGUGGGUCAAUCUUCACAAAGCUCAACCAAUUGUUGAUCCCCCUCCUAGCCGCUCGACGCCUCAACCUGUAGAUUCCAAGAAAGCGAAAGAAGAGCCAGUGGCUGCAAAGUCAUCUUUGGAUGGCACUCGGCCGCCACCCGAAAAGACUAGAGUGUGGCAUGAUCGCAGCGGACAGUUCCGCGUGGAAGCAGCAUUUCUUGGGUUCAGCAACGGCAAGCUCAGAUUACACAAGGUGAAUGGCGUCAUUGUAGAAGUGCCUUCAGAAAAGAUGUCACUGGAGGAUAUGCGUUUCGUGGAGAAGUUCUUAAACAAAAGACAGAAGGGUUCAGGCAUUUCUGACGACGACAUUCCUCUCGCUAUCUCCCACAAGAGAGAGUCGACGCCACCAACGCGAAAUCAACCAUCCCGCAAGGCGCCGAAGAUUGACUGGUUCGACUUCUUCCUUUCUGCAGGAUGCGAUCUGGAUGACUGCACUCGAUACGCCGCAUCAUUCGAGCGUGAUAAGAUUGACGAAAACCUGCUGCCUGACAUAACUGAUGCCACAAUGCGUUCAUUAGGAUUGCGAGAAGGAGACAUAAUACGGGUCACCAAAGCCAUUGAAAAACGAAAGCCUGCCGAUAAUCUAAUCAAGGCCAGUGCAUCCAUUCAAGGGCAACUGCGUCGUGAUGAGGAGCUUGCCAAACAAUUGCAGGCACAAGAGAAUGGUGCACCUCCCAGGGCUUCGGCCCCUAAUCUUUUUGCAGGCCCUGGGGGUGUAUUGAAAAAUCCUAGGCGUGGACGGCCUCAGCCUAGCAAGAGUUUGCCGCUGUCAAACGUAGAUCUCGAAGGGUUAACAACAGCCUCUGAUCAGAUGCAACGAACCAAUUCUCCACAAGCCAUUAGCCCGGCCCAUAAUAGGCCUCCUUCAGUGUCUGCUCAGCCUUCUCGAUCCAGCUCUGCACUGGCUACCCCGGGCGGAUUCGACGACGAUGCAUGGACAAAUCGACCGAGUUCUACAAAACCUCUCGUUGGAACGCCUCCCCCCACGACACCCCAAGUAUCCUCUGUGCCGCCUAUGUCUGGACCUUCAACACUCCCGAAACCUACUCCAACUACAACAGCCCCCCCUCCACAAGAAACGCAUCCGGUCUCUACACCAGCAACUUUGACUCAAAAGGCUAGUCUCGCUCAAACGACAGAGGAUGACAUAUUCCAACAGCUCGCCCGUGUAGCUGAGUUACGAAGGACGACCCCUUCGCAACCCCCACCUUCAGCAACACCGCCCAUCAAUGCUCUCCCUACUACGAGCUAUUCUGCAGGGUUGGGAAUGGGUACUUCCCCCACUCCUUUGGGACAACUUCAGUCUCAACCAACUUAUUCCCCACAACCUUACAAUGGACCCAGAGGACCUUUUGCCCCCGUUCCGGCCAAUCAGAGUUUGCUACAACCCUUGAUACCAACUCAAACAGGAUUUGCUAGUUUCGUCCCAACAAGGCCUAGCAACAGUGCACCACCUUUCCAAAAUGCGAUGUCCCCGUCGGCAUAUCUCCCACCGCAGCAAGCUGCAACUGUUCUGCCCACUUCUCAGCCGAUACCAUUUCAGCCAACGGGCAUGGGCUUUGGUGGUUUCGGAACGGUGUCCCCAUUCCAGAAUACUUCUGGAUUUGGUCAGGUGCAAACUCACUCGACAGGAUACAAUCCUAGCGCCAUCUCACCUUUUAGCAACGGCGUGUCCGUCCCUCCGCCUGUCCCACCACUUCCGUCCUCCGUAUCCAACAACACAUCCCCCGCAAAUGUUUUCGCUCAAAUGAAAUCUGGUACUUUCGCGGCAGAUGCAGAAAGCUCAGCCCCACGACCAUCAGACAUGUAUAACGCCCUACGACCCAAUGCAAUGGCUGGCCAAGCUGCAUGGGGUCAAGUGUACCCGUCUUAUACGGGGUACCAACACUAA